AUUGCCCUCUCUGUACCUGGUUCUGCCAGAGGUUUCCUUCCCACUGUCUGACUGUUGGGAUUUUUUCUCUAUUAUUGUUUUUACCCUACAAUAAAAAAAACCCUCAAGGCGGCCCUUGUUGUGAUUUGGCGAUAUAUAAAUAAAACUGAUUUUAAUUAACUGUUUUUUUAAAGGUCAACAUUUAACUAAUUUACUUACAAAUGAACUUAUGUUUAAUCAGUACGCACAAAUGGUUCGGCUCUUUAAAAGUAGCAUUUCAUAACCUAAGUGAUCCGUUUCUUAAAUAUUAUCAAAUGCAUCAAGAAAAGUAGUCACAAGACGAACUAAUCCCCAAGGAUAUAAUCAAGUUUUAGAAAAGUUUAAGGCGUGGAAAAAUACUAACUGACAACCACAGACUGCAGCUUGAUGAUUUUUUUUUUUUUUCAGGCGUUUGAAAUUAGUCUAGCUUUAUCGUGUUUGUGUGGUUCCAAAUUAAUAAAGAAAUAUGAUAUAUAUGAUAUAACAUAAAAUAAAAUGGUUUAAUCACAGCCGGAAAUUAACCACUGAACACUAUUUAGCUGUAGAGAAAUAACUUUAAAUUAAGAGCCAGAGACGGGGGUGGUAAUGUUAACCUUUGGGUGCCCCACCCCAGCGGUCCGUUCUCGUGCGACUGACGCAAUCCGGUCCGUCUGCGGGGGCGCGUGAUGUCCUUGGGCAAUAACACCUAAAUAAGUGCUCGCAAAUAGUUUGUUUUGAUUCAAAAUGACGGAGGCCACACCCCAGCUUCUUUUUGCUGCAAUGCUGUUAUUUGGGCUGCUGCUCCAGACAGUGUCCCAGCAUGGACCCACAGCUGAUAAACCCAAAGAGAAACCCAAUUUCAUCAUCAUACUGGCAGAUGACAUUGGCUGGGGUGAUCUGGACGCUAAUCAGCUCGAAGAGAGGGCAAACAACACACCUUACCUCAACCUGAUGGCCCUGCAAGGACUACGAAUGACCGACUUCCACUCCCCAGCCUCAACAUGCUCUCCGUCCCGUGCUGCUAUCCUGACAGGUCGUUAUGGCCUAAGAAACGGGGUGACUCACAACUUCGGGGUGAAUUCUCUGGCUGGUCUGCCUCUGACUGAAGUUACCUUACCUCAGCUACUACAGAAGGCAGGAUAUCACACUGCCAUGAUCGGGAAAUGGCAUCUCGGACACAAUGGACUAUACAGUCCAACUAACAGAGGUUUUGACUACUACUUAGGUAUUCCCUUCAGUAAUGACAUGGGAUGUACUGAUAUCCCAGGAUAUAACCUGCCCCAGUGCCUCCCCUGUGACUCAUAUGGACCACAAGUGAUCAGAUUGAAGAGGAACAUACAUGGAGGUUGUUAUUCCAGAAUCGGCCUUCCUCUGAUUGAAAAUAGCAGUAUUGUGGAGCAGCCGCUUGACCUGUGGACACUAACAGAGCAAUACAAGUCUGCUGCACUCAGGAUUAUACACAAUGCAAGUGAGCAAGGACAGCCUUAUCUGCUCUACAUAGCACUUGCUCAUAUGCACGUCCCCUUGGCCCCUCCACUAUCUCCAGAUGCCCCUACCACUGAUAAUCACCCAAAUAGUGGAGUGUAUGCUGCCAGUCUGCGAGAGCUGGAUAGUCUGGUUGGGGCAAUAAAGAAUGCUUCUGAUGCCACAGACAGAGACAAUACACUCAUCUGGUUCACUGGUGACAACGGUCCAUGGGAACAGAAAUGCCAGUAUGCAGGAAGCGUAGGGCCCUUCAGAGGCAAAUGGCAGACCAGCAAAGGUGGCGGUUCAGCUAAGCAGACUACGUGGGAGGGUGGUCACAGAGUGCCUACAGUGGCUUAUUGGCCUGGAAGGAUUCCUGCAAAUACCACCAGCUCGGCCCUGCUCAGUGGUAUGGACAUCUUCCCAACUGUUCUGUCUCUGGCGGGGGUAACACUCCCUUCUGACAGACGUUAUGAUGGCAUUGAUGCCACAAAUAUCCUCCUAAAUGGUGAACAGUUGGGCCACGAGUUUCUCUUCCACCCUAACAGUGGUGCUGCAGGGAGGUUUGGUGACCUUCAGACAGUUCGCAAUGGGAAACACAAAGCUUUCUACAUCACAGGUGCAGCAGAAGCAUGCGGUGGAGGAACAGGAAAGCAGCAGGUCCAUGAUCCUCCACUAAUAUUUGAUCUUGAGCGUGAUGAGGCUGAGGAAACACCUUUGGAUGUCAAGACAACUGAAUACCAGGUGGUAGCGGAGAGGAUCGCUCGCAGGAGGGAGAAGCUAUUAUGGGACAUCGCCACUGACAAGUCAGUGUCCAUCGCAGAUUACAGGACAGACAAGUCAGCAGCACCGUGCUGUGACCUGACACAGACUGUUUGUCGUUGCCCCAGGCUGGGUUGAGGGUGGAAUUCACAUGUAAACACUCACACAAGAGGCUGAUAAGAGAGGCUCACAGAUGGAGAAACAAAUCUCACUCUUUAAAAAAAAAAUGUGAUUAGCACUUUGUUUGUAGAAAAUGAGAUUAGUGAAGGGGUUCAAUGGCCAGAGGCUACAGGACAUGUACAAACAGGAGGAGAGGGCAAAGAGAAGUAGGUAGAUGAACUUUGGCCUGUUAGUAAAACAGUGGCUGGAGUAAUUCUCAGUAAUUUUAGAAAAAUAACACAUCUUAUAUCAGAUCAUAAGACAUACUAAAUUUAGUGGAUAGGGUUGGGCUUAAGGCAGAGACUUUUGUUGCGUUAAUCAAAUUUUGGAGACCAAACUUCUGAAAAUAGAUCCUUAUUGUUAUCUUGUUGGAUAUUUGAUGACUUUUGAUAUAAUAUUCAAACAUUUAUAAUAUAAUUACAAAUAAAACAAACAAAA